AUGUAUAAUCAAACUUCAAAUAUUGCCAUUUCAAUUUCUCAAAAUGAAAACCGACUUCAAAAAAUUAAAAAAUUACUCAGGGAGUAUUUACUCAAUGACUUCUCUAAAAAUAUCGAAGAACUUUCUAGUCUUUUAGAUGAAGUUCGAGAAACCAAGAUUUGGCAACACGCGGGAUAUGAAAAUUUUUACAAGUUUUGUCAAGACAUUAUUGGUCAAGAUAUCGAAAAUAUCACAAACACUUAUAAAUCUAUUAAAAAAAGUAUUUACGCGGAUCAAAAUGCAAAAUACGAGAUCAGGAUAUCGAAACUUAAACGUAAAAUGAGAGAAUUGGAAUUGGAUGAAAGAUUAAUCAAUAACAUUAUUGAAUAUCCAAAGGAUUCUUUACAUUUAGUCAUUAAAUUUUUCAAUAGAUUUUCAAACCAUGAAAGGAUUUCGAUACUGGUUUAUAAUUUAGACGAUCAAGUGAAUUUGUGGAGAAGCCUUAGAUCUAAAAGAAAAUCAAGGGCAGAUACACCUAUUAAUAAAGACGAUGUAAAAGCGGCAAUUGACAUGGUUGAACGCAUGGAAAGUAUGAAUGUGGCGGAAGCAGAAAGAAAAAUGAAAAAUAAAAAAAAGGCUGAGAAAGAAGGUGAUAGUAGUGAUGAAACCAUAAGAGAAGAAAUGGAUGAAGAUUUCAUAUCCACUGAUUCAGCAAGUGAGGAAGAUGAUGGAUGUGACUGGUGUGAUUUAAUGGGUGAAAAUAUUUUGAAAUGUGGACGAUGCGCAGGCGGAAGAUGUGUUGAGUGUAUAAUGAAAGAGAUUAGCAAGGAUCUUAAUAAUUUGGCUAUUGUAGAUAAGUAUUAUUGGAGUAUGCUCAAAAGACAUGCAAAAGAGUUUGCAGAACAAAAUCUUAAAAAUUGA